AUGUCACCCCUAGAGUUGGAAGAGUUAAAGAAGCAGCUCAAGAAAUUGAUCGAUGCUAGCUACAUUAAGCCAUCCAAGGCCCCACAUGGGUAUUACCAGGUUAGGAUCGUAAAGGAAAAUAAGCCUAAAACCACUUGGGUCAUCCGCUAUGGCUCUUAUGAGUUCUUGUUCAUGCCAUUCGAACUAUCCAAUGCUUUGGCAACAUUCUGCAUGCUCAUGAACAAGCUAGAUAUUGAAAGAGCAUAUGGACCACUUAAGACACAUAAGAAACUAUCCCUUGAGCAGGUCCAUUGGCAGGACUUCCUUGUAGAAUUUGAUUAUAGGUUAGAAUACAAGCCUAGGCAUGCAAACAUUAUGGCUAACACCCUCAACAAAAAGGUAAGCAUUGCUGCCAUCAACCAACUAGAAAGUUCCUUGAUGCUACACAUUAAAGAAGGGCCAUCCCAUGAUGCUACAACAAAGAUGCUCAUUAACCGUGCUAAGUAA